GGUAGUUUAUAAUGAUUUUUAAUAUUUCUGUGUGUUUAUUGAAUUAAAAAUUAUAAAUUUUUAAAUUAAGUUACAGCAAUAGUUUUUCUUUAAUAAAUUUAUAUAAAGUUACAAAUUACUCUCUUAAGUAAACUUAACCUAAAUUUUAUAAAUUUUUUUAGAUAAAUAUGUAAAAAUAUUGAAAGUUACUGUAACUAUUGCGAUCCUAAAAUUCACGGUAAAUUUUAUAUCUAAAGUUAAGUUAUCAAGUUGGAGUCCUUUUCUAUUUGUGAAUAAUUCUUUUUUAAAGAAAGCUAUUUCUAUAUAAAGACCUUGUCUCAAUGCAAGAAACGAAAAAAAAAAAAAAAAAAAAAAGCAAAAGCUUGCGGAGGGUGGUGAAAUGGAGAUUACAGACACAGGCAGCAGUCUUAACAUAUGGAGGAACAAUUCCAUGGAAGCUUUCUCCAAGUCUUCUCGCCAUGAAGAUGAUGAAGAAGCUCUCUUAUGGGCUGCAUUGGAGAAACUUCCUACUUAUUCACGUGUAAGGAGAGGUAUACUUUGUGAAAAAGAUGGUCAAUCUAGAGAGAUUGAAGUAAACAGCCUUGAUUUAAUAGAGAAAAGAAAUCUACUGGAUAGACUAGUGAAAAUUGCUGAGGAAGAUAAUGAGAAGUUCUUGUUGAAGCUCAAGGACCGCAUUCACAAAGUUGGACUAGAAAUGCCAAAAAUUGAAGUAAGGUUCGAGGAUUUAAAUGUUGAAGCGGAAGCCUACGUUGGAAGCAGAGGGUUACCUUCAAUGUAUAACCUCUCAGUUAAUAUGCUCGAGGGUCUCUUGGAUUAUCUUCACAUUCUUCCGAGCAGAAAGAAAACAUUACCAAUCCUUCGCGGCGUUACUGGAAUCAUCAAGCCGCAGAGAAUUACAUUGCUUUUAGGCCCACCAAGCUCAGGCAAGACGACGCUUCUUUUGGCCUUGGCAGGAAAACUCGGUAAAGAUUUAAAGUUUUCAGGAAAAGUUACUUAUAAUGGACAUGGAAUGCAAGAAUUUGUACCGCAGAGAACAUCAGCUUAUAUUAGUCAAUAUGAUCUGCAUAUUGGAGAAUUAACUGUUAGGGAAACUCUGGCUUUCUCUGCUAGAUGUCAAGGGACUGGCACCCGUUAUGAUAUGUUGGAAGAAUUAGCAAGAAGGGAGAAAGCUGCAAAUAUCAAACCUGAUUCUGAUAUCGAUAUCUACAUGAAGGCAGCUGCACUGGAAGGGCAAGGGACCAAUUUAGUUACAGAUUAUGUUCUCAAGAUUUUAGGCCUGGAAGUAUGUGCAGAUACUAUGGUGGGUGAUGAAAUGUUACGGGGCAUAUCUGGAGGACAAAAGAAGCGUGUCACGACAGGGGAGAUGCUGGUUGGACCUGCAAGAGCACUUUUCAUGGAUGAGAUAUCUACUGGUUUGGACAGUUCAACAACUUUCCAAAUUGUGAACUCACUCAGACAAUCAAUCCAAUUUCUCAAUGGAACUGCUCUGAUCUCUCUUCUCCAACCAGCACCCGAAACAUAUGAACUUUUUGAUGAAAUAAUUUUUCUGUCAGAAGGACAAAUUGUGUAUCAAGGUCCACGUGAAAAAGUGCUCGAGUUCUUUGAAUACAUGGGUUUCAAAUGUCCUGUGAGAAAAGGAGUAGCUGAUUUCCUACAAGAAGUAACGUCAAUGCAAGAUCAAGAGCAGUACUGGGCAUGGAAAGAUCAGCCUUAUAGGUUUGUUUCUGUGAAGGAAUUUGCUGAAGCAUUCCAGUCAUUUCAUAUUGGACAAAAACUAGUUGAUGAACUUGCUACUCCUUUUGACAAGUCCAAGUCACACCCUGCAGCACUAACAACUAAGAAAUAUGGUGUCAGCAAGAAACAACUCUUGAAAGCUUGCAUGUCGAGAGAAUUUUUGCUCAUGAAGAGGAACUCAUUUGCCUAUAUUUUCAAAACGUUGCAACUCAUUCUAAUGGCUUUCUUAACAAUGACAAUGUUUCUGAGAACUGAGAUGCAUAGAAACACACAAGCAGAUGGCAGCAUAUAUUUUGGUGCCCUUUUCUUUGGAGUCAUGACAACUAUGUUCAAUGGCUUCUCAGAGCUUGCAAUGACCGUUGUUAAACUCCCUAUCUUCUAUAAGCAAAGAGACCUUCUCUUUUAUCCUUCAUGGGCAUAUGCUUUGCCUGCAUGGAUUCUCAAGAUUCCAAUUACCUUUGCGGAAAUCGCCAUAUGGGUGAUCUUGACAUAUUAUGUUGUUGGUUUUGAUCCGAACAUUGAAAGGUUCUUCAAGCAGUACCUGAUACUCGUAAUGACUAAUCAGAUGGCAUCCUCAUUGUUUCGACUGAUAGCAGCGGUAGGAAGAAACAUAAUUGUAGUUAACACAGUUGCAAUUUUCUCAUUACUCGCAGUAUUAGUUCUGAGUGGAUUUAUCCUAUCACGAGAUGAUGUGAAGAAAUGGUGGAUAUGGGGUUAUUGGAUUUCACCGAUGAUGUAUGUCCAGAACGGCAUUACUGUGAAUGAAUAUCUUGGAAAGAGUUGGAAUCACUUUCCUCCUAAUUCAACAGAGGCAUUAGGAGUUGCUUUUUUGAAGUCCCGUGGAAUUUUUCCUGAAGCAUAUUGGUAUUGGAUUGGAGUUGGAGCUUUAACAGGAUAUACGUUCCUAUUCAAUUUUCUUGUAGCCUUGGCACUAAAUUAUCUAGAUCCAUUUGAGAAGCUUAAAGCAAAAGUUGCGGAAGAGGGCUUCUCUGGUAAAGAUAUUAGCGGAAACGGAGAGUUUAUGGAACUCUCAAGAGGCAGGAAGAACCCUUCGAAUGGAUCGCAUGACACAGGAAGAGGGAAAACCAUCCAAAGAAAUAUCUCAUCCAGGAUUGCAUCUGCGAGAGUGAGCAACUUUACGAAUGGAAAUCAAGACCUGAAGCAGGGGAAGAUUCUCCCAUUUCAACCCCUUUCCAUCACAUUCGAAGACAUUAAAUAUGCUGUAGACAUGCCACAGGAAAUGAAAGCUCAAGGAAUUACUGAGGACCGUCUACAACUUUUGAAGGGUGUUAGCGGUGCAUUCAGGCCAGGAGUCCUAACAGCUCUAAUGGGUGCUAGUGGUGCUGGCAAGACCACCCUAAUGGAUGUCUUGGCUGGAAGAAAAACAGGCGGUUACAUUGAGGGAAAGAUCAUGAUAUCUGGAUAUCCAAAGAAGCAAGAAACAUUUACUCGCAUAUCAGGAUACUGUGAGCAAACUGACAUCCAUUCCCCACAUGUUACAGUUUAUGAAUCAUUGGUUUAUUCAGCGUGGCUUCGGCUACCCGCAGAAGUUAAUUCAAGCGCACGAAAGAUGUUUAUUGAAGAAGUGAUGGCACUUGUGGAACUGACCCCUAUAAGAAAGGAACUUGUGGGAUUGCCUGGUGUAAAUGGUCUUUCAAUUGAGCAGCGUAAGAGGCUGACAAUUGCAGUUGAACUUGUUGCUAACCCAUCUAUUAUUUUUAUGGAUGAGCCAACCUCUGGCCUUGAUGCCAGAGCAGCGGCCAUAGUUAUGAGAACAGUAAGGAAUACGGUGGACACUGGGCGAACAGUGGUGUGUACAAUACAUCAGCCAAGCAUUGACAUCUUUGAUGCAUUUGAUGAGUUAUUUCUGCUGAAGCGGGGAGGCGAAGAAAUUUAUGUUGGUCCAGUUGGACAACAUGCCCAUCAUCUGAUCAGAUAUUUUGAGGAAAUUGAGGGAGUUCCUAAGAUCAAGGAUGGUUAUAAUCCUGCAACCUGGAUGCUGGAAGUUACAACAGCAGCGCAAGAAGUAGCUUUUGGUGUUAACUUCAGUAAUAUAUACAAGAACUCAGAAUUAUACAGGAGAAACAAAGCCUUCCUCAAGGAACUAAGCAGACCUCCACCAGGUUCAAAAGAUCUGCAUUUCCCAAGUCAAUUUGCACAACCCUUGUUAACCCAGUGCAUUGCUUGCCUAUGGAAGCAGCAUUUAUCAUACUGGAGAAACCCAACAUAUGCUUCAGUGAGACUCUUGUUCACAACACUCAUAGCUUUGAUGAUGGGAACAGUUUUCUGGAAUUUAGGCUCCAAAAGAGGCAGGCAGCUAGAAAUCUUUAAUGCAAUGGGUUCCAUGUAUUCUGCUGUUCUGUUCUUAGGAUUUCUGAAUACGUCAUUGGUGCAGCCGGUUGUGGAUAUGGAGAGAACAAUAUAUUAUAGAGAUAGAGCAGCAGGAAUGUAUUCUGCAUUUCCAUAUGCCUUUGGACAGGUUGUGAUUGAAUUUCCGUACAUUUUAGUUGAGACUAUAAUAUAUGGAGUUAUAGUGUACGCAAUGAUGGGAUUUGAAUGGACAGUAAGCAAGUUCUUUUGGUAUCUUUUCUUCAUGUACUUCACCUUCUUAUACUUAACUCUCUAUGGGAUGAUUACCGCUGCCGUUUCUCCUAAUUACAACAUUGCUGCCAUAAUUUCAAAUUCCUUUUAUUUUAUGUGGAACAUGUUCUCAGGAUUCGUCGUUCCCCGAACGAGGAUGCCUGUCUGGUGGAGAUGGAACUACUGGCUCUGCCCUAUAGCUUGGACAUUGUAUGGAUUGGUUGCUUCGCAAUACGGAGACGUAAAGGAGCCAUUAGACACUGGUGAAACAGUUGAAGAAUUCUUGAGGAGUUAUUUCGGAUUUCGACAUGACUUUGUUGGAGUUGUUGCAGCUGUACUUGUUGGGAUGAAUGUGCUCUUUGGAUUCAUCUUUGCCUUCUCUAUCAAACUACUCAACUUCCAGAACAGAUGAAAUAUUUCUGGACAUAUAUUUAAAAGUAAAUUUUGCUCCUGAUUUUUCACAAGCUUAUGUCGUGUUUGCCCAGUUAUGAAUAAAAGUCGGUUUAUAAAAAACAAUGUAGCGAAAAAUGGCAAAUUAUUUUCUUUUUUCUCCUCGUGUAAAUUACGUGAUCACCUUUGUUAUAUUCUUAGAGAAUCACGUCAUCAAUAUCAUGUAAGAUGUAGUGAAAAAUUGAAGGAAACAUCACAAAAUACGGAUAUGCAAAGAAACAGCAAAGUUUUGCUCGCAU